GCCUGGGGAGAGGAGCAGACCAAGUCUCCGGCUCUGGGCUUUUCUGUCAUCUGAAUCACCUCAACACCACAAUGGAGCCCAACAGCCCUAAAAAAAUACAGUUUGCGAUGCCACUGUUUCAGAGUCAAAUAGACCCCGAGGCAGCUGAGCAGAUCAGGAAAAGAAGGCCUACACCAGCAUCACUUGUUAUCAUGAAUGAACAUGUGCCCCCAGAAAAAGAUGAGAAGAGAACAAACAUCUCACAGGCACAGUCCCAGAAUGCUUCUCCCAAGCAGAGGAAGCAGAGUGUCUUCACCCCACCCGCCCUCAAAGGCAUUAAGCAUCUGAAGAGUCAGAGCGAUUCAGCUUUUCCAGAGGAAGAAGAAGGAGUUAGUGAAAGGGAAGAGGAAUGGGGCCACUAAGCAACGUGGAGCCGCCUCAAGCCCUAUCACAGAGAGUAAGUGAACUGCAGCAGCUGUGUGUGACUCAGACCUUCACCACUGCUUGUGUCCCCACAUGGCAGCUCUUGGCAUGCCAACAGCGCCUGGGCUCCCUGGGGAGCACCCUUGGCUGGGUUUUACAGCCGCCUGCAAAUGUGUUCUGAGACCCUUACACCCAAAGAUAAAACAGUUAUUUUAAAGUAAUUUUUCUUUUUUUCUAAGACUUAGCAAUGUCAUUUGUACAUGUGUUAGUGACCUGACAUCGGUACUGCCAGAGCUUAACUACUGUGUGUACUCUAAGGCCUCUUGUAAAUAAAACUGAUUUAAAAGCUACAAAAUAAAUACAUUCAUUUAGACAAGACUGGGUAUUGAACAGUGGGUUUGUGUAAUGUGCAGAGAAAUGUUUGUAUAAAAUGAUGCUUUCAGUUACGUGCAGCUUUUACCAGUAUUGCUGAAGCUACUUGCAGUGACAGUGAUAGAAACAAAGUAAGCAGAGGUGAUUCAGUCUAGAGAAGGAUGCAAAGACACUGUUCCUCAUAUUUCCUGGAUGCAGAAUCAUCGAAUCACAGAAUGCACUGGGCUGGAAGGAACCUCUAGCGAUAAUCUAGUCCAAAACCUCUGCACUAAGCAGGGACAUCUCCAAGUAGAUCGUGUUGCUCAGAGUCCCAACAAGCCUGAUCUUGAGCAUCUCCGUGGAUGGAGCCUCCUAUGCAGCACUUAAGGUC